AUUCUCUUUCCUUAAUUACCUAUAGACAUAUUUUCAUCACAUAUCAUCUCCAUAAGUCUCACACAUCGUCUAUCUUCUCUAUUUCAACAGGUAGAAUAAAACAUCUCACAUAUCUCCUCUUUCUAAUCUCUAUCUCUAAAACAAAUAUUUAUCAUGAUGAAUCAAGAACAUAAUAACACAGCUCCAACACCAAAAGCUUCGUUAUUAUUGAUGGAAGAUAAUUUAUGCAAAAGAAAAUCGAUAUCAAGAAAUUCAUCGGUCGGAAGAUCUUCUAGAAUCUUCUACUAUUACCACCAUCUUAAUCUCGACGACGGAGUUCCUUUCAAGUGGGAGAUGCAGCCAGGAACUCCGAUCAAUCCUCCACCGGAAGAAACCGUUCCUCCUAUCACUCCUCCUCCAGCGUUUCUCAGCCGAAGCCUCACUAUACCCUCCCUCGGAGAAUCUAAUAAACAUUCUCGUUUUCCGGCGAAUCUUAAGCUCUGGAAAUGGAAGAAUCUUCGUAAGAAAUGUUUCUCCAGAUGGUCAAACCAAAGCAUGUUUAGUCGAGAUUGUAAGAAUGCUCGUCACGAUGAUUCAAGUUCUUGUGGUGAAUUGGAAAAAUGUGAGGAGUCUGAUGAUUACAGGGUGAGCUCUUCGUCUUCUUCGUCGUCCUCUUCUUCAAAAGAUCGUAGAUUGUUAAAGUCGUCACCACGUCAAUGGUUUAGCGGUUGUCCAUCUCAGAAUUUAAGGAACAGUCGUACCGGUUUUCGUUAGAGUUUGUCUCUUGAAUGAUCGUCACGUACCAAAUUAAAAGUUAGUUAUCGAAAUU